AUGCCUUCCGAAGUCUCCGAUAUCAAGCAGUUCAUUGAGAUCUGCCGCCGCAAGGAUGCCUCCUCUGCUCGCAUCAAGCGCAACCGCAACUCUCAGCAGAUCAAGUUCAAGGUCCGCUGCGAACGCUUCAUCUACACCCUUGUCCUGAAGGACUCCGACAAGGCCGACAAGCUCAAGCAGAGCCUGCCCCCU